UCGGCCACGCGGCUCAAGCACACGGCCAGUGGCUUAGUCUCGCUACGGCCCUUGAGGCGGUACACAUCUCCCAGUGCCGCCGAGCAACUCGCCGAGCAAGCGAGGCCGUACAGCGUGUCAGUGGGGACGGCCACCACGGCGCCGGCGCGCAGCUCGGCCACGGCGGCCCGUAGAGCUUCGGUCCAGCCGGCGCGCUCGGGGCUCGCAGCCCGCACGGCCCCACUCCCUGGGAGUCGCAACAGCCGAGUCCCAGGCGCCACUGCAAAGGUGGCUGGCGGGCGGAGGAGGCGGCCGCUCCGGGCAGAGCCCGCCGGCCCCUCACUCAAACCCAAGCUGCCAGCCACCGCGGCUCUCAGCCCCCUGCACGGACGCGCCGGAGACAUACGCCAAGGCCUGCUUCCGGGAGGAAGUGACGCUCCCAGUCAACUUCCGGUCCAGGAGACUCGGCCCCACCUCCGCGCCCAACACCUUAAAGGGACCGCGACCCCCAAGAGGAUUGAAGGAGACCGGUGGGGACGGGGCGGGGCACAGCUUUGCGGAGUCCUAAGCGCAGCGCUGGGGAGGGGGGCGGCUGAAAAGGGGGCGGUGGUCGGGCCGCGCAGGCGGAGAUGGAAUGGGGCCCAGGCUCAGACUGGUCACGGGGGGAGGCUGCAGGCGUGGACCGCGGGAAGGCGGGGCUGGGGCUCGGCGGGAGGCCACCCCCGCAGCCGCCCCGGGAUGAGCGCGCCCAGCAGCUGCUGGACGCGGUGGAGCAGCGGCAGCGGCAGCUCCUGGACACCAUUGCCGCCUGUGAGGAGAUGCUGCGGCAGCUGGGCCGCCGGCGUCCGGAGCCAGCUGGUGGCGGGAACGUCUCAGCCAAACCCGCAGCGUCCCCCCAGCCAGCUGUCUCUGGGAGAGGUGGCUUUCCAAAGGAUGCUGGUGAUGGAGCAGCGGAGCCAUGACCAUCCCCGGGCCGGACACCCUGACUUCUCUCUCUCCCCGGGGUUGGUGGCUGGAUUCUGAACAACUCCCUUUAAGUAAAGGGGCCAGUCUUCACAGGCAGUGGCUGUUAGUUGGUCUUCAAGCCUAGUGUGGCAGCUCAGCUAGCAGCUGGGUUCACUCCCACUUCAUCCUGGCUGAAUGAAGGUGGUGCUGUGCUUUGAAAUGUAGCCAAGGAAUGCCCAGUCUGAUACCUGAAUUUGGGCAGACCUGCAGUGCUCGCCAGCAUGAUCUGGUCUGCUCUGGGGGAAUCGAGGUGGUAUUAACUUGUCCAUUUCAUGCUUUGGGGGCUCCUAGCCCCACAAAACACCCUGAUUAAAAGGAAACCUGCAGACUUUC